UCCUCCCACUUUCGUCGCGCUCGCGCAUCCGCUACUCCGACGAGCGGCGCUUCGCUUCUUCUGGACGCGCGCGCGCGCUACACGUCUGGUCUGUAUAUCGUUCAGACAAGCACCUCAGCGCGCUACCAAGCUUGCGGGAGGUCAGAAUAUUCCAGACACGGGAAUAGCUAGAAAGAAACGCACUUCAAGAACGCACAAAAAGGAUUAUAAAAGGAUUUAAAAACAACAAGAAGAACAAUACGUAUAAAGAAGCGCACAGACAACAAGUGGCGCGUGAGGGCAAUCCUUAAUAAAUCUGGCGUCGCAGAAGCGGGGAUGAAGCUGCUGCGCCCGGGCUCCGGUUUCGGCAUGGCGGGCUGGCGGCUGGUGUGCGUCGUUGUGGCGCUCGCGCUGUGGAGGCCCGCGGAGUCGUGUCCCGCCGCCUGCAUGUGCACGGGCUUCAGAAUUUACUGCGCCGACACCGAGCGCGGCAUUGCGGCUUUCCCUGCGCUCAGCGAGCCCGAGAUGGAGAACAUCACCGACAUAUAUAUUGCUAACCAGAGCAGCUUCUCCUCCAUCAACGAUAAAGACCUGACCUUCUACCGCAACCUCAGAAAUCUGACGGUGACCAACACGAGGCUGACGUAUGUGUCGCGGCAGGCGUUUCAGAACAACGCCAAACUGCAAUACCUGAACCUGAAGGAUAACAAUCUGUCAUCGCUGUCCUGGAAGACUGUUCACCAUCUGAACAUUUCCUACUUGCUGCUCUCAGGAAACCCGCUGCAGUGCUCUUGUGAGAACAUGUGGAUGAAGCAGGGGCGAGGCGAGGAGUCCGAGGCAGCCGAGCUCAUGUGUGUGGAGGAAGGAGGGAAGAGGAGGCAUCUGUCCAGGCUCACUCUGCCCAACUGUGUUGUCCCUACUGUCAAUCUCCGUCCUAAAAGCGUCUCCCUGAUGGCGGGUUCAAACAUAACCCUGAGUUGUAAUGCCUCAGGAAUGCCAACACCUGAACUCAACUGGAUCACCUGCCCACUUAAUUCAAGCCAUGAGAUUGUUACUACAGGACAGUCGUCCACUCUCAGACUCAAAGAUCUCUCACCCCUCGACAACGAAUGUAAAAUCACGUGCAGCGCUGAGAACACAGCCGGGGAGAAUGAAGUCUCGCUGCACCUUGACAUUCACUUCCGUCCGUCAAUCAGCAAGCUUAUGGACGCCAUCCCCGACCACCACUGGUGCAUACCCUUUAGCGUAUCUGGCAACCCACAGCCGAAGCUGCACUGGCUGUUACGGAAGGAGCCUCUAAUUGAGGGGGCCUUCAUCAGCACCCGAAUUCACGAUUACUCCGAGCACGAGUAUCAUGGCUGCCUGCAGCUCGACAGCCCCACACACAUUAAUAACGGCGAAUACACGCUGCUGGCUAGUAACCCUUACGGCAGGGACAGCAAAUCCGUAUUCGCCCACUUUAUGCACAACCCGUGGAACGACACAACAGCCACAGAUUCUCUCUACUAUGACCCUACUACAGAUGACACGCCUCUUGAGCCACCCGAGGAUCGAGUUGCUGUGUACGUGGUCGUGGGAAUCGCCGCCAUCACAUUCACCGGCUUUGUCCUGAUGCUCAUCGUCCUCAAGUUUGGCCGCAAUUCAAAGUUUGGAAUUAAAGGCCCGUCAUCAGUCAUUAGCAACGAUGAUGACUCAGCCAGUCCUCUACAUCACGUGUCAAACGGCUCAAACACGCCAUCGUCCUCGGAGAUGAACCCCGAUGCCGUCAUCAUCGGCAUGACCAAGAUCCCCGUCAUCGAGAACCCACAAUACUUCCGUAGCACCAACAGCCUUCUUAAAUCCGACACCUUUGUCCAGCACAUCAAGAGGCACAACAUUGUGCUCAAGAGGGAACUCGGUGAAGGAGCCUUCGGAAAAGUUUUCUUGGCUGAAUGCUACAAUCUUAAUCUUUCACCUGACCAGGAUAAGCUCCUCGUGGCAGUCAAGACUCUUAAGGAAGCCAGCGAGAACGCACGCAAAGACUUCCACCGUGAAGCCGAGCUCUUGACCAACCUGCAGCACGAUCACAUCGUCACCUUCUACGGCGUGUGUGUGGAGAGCGACCCUCUAAUUAUGGUGUUUGAGUAUAUGAAGCAUGGAGACCUCAACAAGUUCCUCAGGGCUCACGGUCCUGACGCUGUGUUAAUGGCAGAUGGUCAGGUGCAGCAGCAGGCUGAUCUCACACAGUCUCAGAUGCUGCACAUUGCUCAGCAGAUAGCAGCAGGGAUGGUGUAUCUGGCCUCGCAGCACUUUGUGCACAGAGACUUAGCCACACGUAACUGCCUCGUUGGUGAGAACCUGCUGGUGAAGAUCGGAGACUUUGGCAUGUCACGUGACGUGUACAGCACAGAUUAUUACCGGGUGGGUGGUCACACCAUGCUACCGAUCCGCUGGAUGCCACCGGAAAGCAUCAUGUACAGAAAGUUCACCACCGAGAGUGAUGUCUGGAGCCUGGGAGUAGUGCUGUGGGAAAUAUUUACCUACGGGAAACAGCCAUGGUACCAGCUCUCCAACAACGAGGUGAUUGAGUGCAUCACUCAGGGUCGUGUGUUGCAGCGGCCGCGCACUUGUCUGAAGGAGGUUUAUGACCUGAUGCUGGGAUGCUGGCAGCGAGAACCACACUCUCGCCUCAACAUCAGAGAGAUUCACAACCUGCUGCUCAACCUUGCCAAGGCCUCUCCGGUCUACCUGGACAUCCUGGGAUGAGUGUGUGUGAGUGUGAGUGUGUGUGUCUGUAUGUCCAAACUGCAAUCUAUAUUCCAUUCCCCUUCUUGUCCUUUUCUGUCCCUCACAAUUCCGUCCAUCCUGCUCGUCCUAUCCUAAAGGUCUAGUGCGGUAGGCAGCAGGAGCCUCAUUUACCGGUAUUAUUAAAGAAGGACUGAAACGUGACACCAAAGACCUUCCAUGCCGUCGGACCACUCCUCUACUGGGCAGACACUUACUGUACAGCCACUAGAAACGUUACUGUAAAUAUCGUCUUCUCCAGAACGUAUCAUUUCCAGGACUUCAGGAAGGGCCUUCCUCUCACGUUCUUUACGAAAUGUGUGGAAAUGUACCGUGACCGUGUCAGCCAGGGGAAAAGGAUCUCCGAAGGCUGCUUCAUCUUAUCCUCCUCCCUGAACAUGUGCAUAUGUAACAAAUACAGUUCUGAAGCAAGAGGUUUGGCAGUAGCACGGAGACCUUGAUAUCAAAACGCAGUACGCUUUUACACUUCCAAGAUUUUUACAGAAAAAUUGUGCAGGAUUGUAGUCUUUAGAGCACCGAGAGCCUUCACGGUGGUCCUCAUAGUGCACUACUCUGAGUGCGGGGGAUAUCGAGUCAUUUGAGACAAGGCCAUGCCCAUUCUUCAAUAUGGUUAGUGCACAUUUAGGACAAGGGCCCAAUUACACAGAGUGGCUGAUUAUGAUGGGGUAGGCUAAAUUACGACCCCACCUCUCCCCUUCCCUCCCUCCCUCCCUCCCUCCUGCCUCACUUGAAUGAUUAGAGUUGAAGCAGUGAUGUAGUACUCAAGCCGGGAGCACGCAGCUGUUAUGGUGUAAUAUAUAUUUCAUUACAGUACUAAUGUCUGCUAUUAGCACCUAUUCCCCAUAGACUCAUACAGAACGUAGAUGGGAUAAAAGGAAAGGAGGGGGAAAAGGGGGCAAAAAAAUAUUUUCCAAAUAGCAAGUGUAUUUGUUGUAUUGUUACACAAUCCCCAGGCUUCUAGGCUUCUACAAAAACAACAUUUCAGCCACAAGAACCCUGGUAUUAAUUAAUUAAUUAAUUAAUUUAUCUAUUUAUUUGUUUGUUUGUUUGUUUUUGUGAUUUUAUUUAUCUCUGCUGGAAAAACAUUUGUUAGUAUAGAAGAAAGCAAAGAGUUUAUGAUUAUUUAUUUAUUUAUUUAUUUAUUAUUUAUUUAUUUUCAAACACACACACACACACACACACACACACACACAUUUGUAAUGGAUUUAACAAGUCUACACACCAACUGCCUGUCAAAAUGGCAUGUUUUUGUUUUUUUUUGUUAAAAAAAAGAUUAAUCAUGUCAGAACUUUUUACAUGUUCAAUGUGAAAAUCAGAAAAGUAAGCAAAAACAUUCAGCAUCAUUUUUUUUUUAGGUUUCUAAAGUAUGAUGCUGAAACCACCGUGCUUUUAUUGUGAAUUUUGGAAUUGGUCUCUUCAGAUGGCACACAUUGACAAAUGAUUUGUGAUUGUUUUUUGUUUUUUUUGUGCUUUUUUUUUGUGAGAAAAGGCUUCUCUCUUGCUGUCCUACCCCUUAACCCAAACAAGGGAUGAACAUGAGAUAAUGUUGACAUGCAGAAAGUAAUCUGUACUUGUCAGAUAUUCCUUCGUUUAAUGCUGUUGUAGCUCUCUUAGUUUUUGUCGUCCUUUUAUAUUCAUUGGAAUUGACAUAGAAACAGAGUUUAAAAUUAAAUUACUAUUUAUCUCUAACAUCUAUCCCAUAUGAGCAAGCCUGAGGUGAUGGUGGCAAGGAAAACCUCCCUGAGAUGAUAUGACUGUAGAUCUUCUGGCAAUAUAUCCUCUUUUCCAAAAUCUCUAUUUGUUGGUGAUGGCCUUAAUGGCUUUCUUUAUUAUAUUGCGUUUUCAGAACUGUUUUUAUUCCCUGCUCCUGAUUGAUACCUUUCAACAAUUGAGCUAUCAUUCAUGCUCUGCAAGCAAUCUGCAGUCCACGGCAUCAACAGUCAGAGGAAAUCAUGAAGAUUUUCUGUGAGAAAAUCAUACAAAAACAUUUGAAGUUAAUAAGAAUAAUUGAUAUGAUGACAGCUGCGAAGACAAUGACUUUUGAAGAUGAGGCCAAUGAGAUUUAUUGUAAACACAUCCUCGAUUAGAACACGAUGGACUAACACUAAUGCACAGAAGAUAUUGUUUAACAUGUUCACGAUUAAUUAAUUUCAUGUAGAUUUUAAACAUUUUAAAUGUAACGUUAAGGGUUAAAAAAAGUUCUGACAUGAUUUUUCUUUUUCAUUUUUGUCCACCCUAUAUAUAUAUAUAUAUAUGGAUGUGGGUUUUUUUUUUUCAUAUUUUUCAAGUGCUAAAUUGUAAAAUGUACCUAAUGUGAGGAACUUAUAGCUUAUUUUUGCUAAUUAUUUUUCCUUGAUUUUCAUCUCAAAGAGCAACUGUACAAAAGUGCACAAGUUUGACCAAAAAUGUUACGUGAUCUAAUGUUUUCUUUUUGCUACUUAAUCAUUUACAUGAUUCCUGUGUCAGUGUGAAUGUAGAGAAGUGUGAGACGCUACCAAAAACUACUAAUGUCGCUAACAGUGAACAGGAGCUAAUGGGUUUGUGUUAGCAUGUUCUCAGCUAAUUAUUUAGCUAGGCGCUUUCAUUCGGUUUAGCUAUAUUUAAUGUUUUUGGUCUAUUUUUCCUUGCAGGCAUGUUCUAAUAGGGCUUAUGACAGGUGACUGAAGAAACCUAUGUAUUGUAAAUGAAUAACGGUGAUGCUGUGCUGAAGAAUGAAGCUAAGCUGUGCUAAUCCCGACAUUUCUAAUGUAUAAUGAACAGAAACACGGGAGAACGUAUCAACCGCCCUUGAGGUGUGACCAGACAGGACUUUUCAACUUUUCAGGCUGUGUUUCUGUCUAAUCAUUAAGUCUCUACAGUAUAUAAUGUGACCCGGAGGAGUGAGAGUUAGCCGUAAGCCAUUGUGAGCGGAAAUGGCAGCCAUGUUGCCAUGCAGAGCUUAAGAUCAGCAAACAGCCGAGGACAUCUCAGAAAAAUAAAGUAUGCUACAUGUGUGUGGCUUGUUUUAGACACACUCAAUCCUCUUAACACAUAUCCUCUUAAGUAAAAAAGGAGCAAAAAAUAAAAAAGUCUUGUAUUUUAGCAGGUCUGUUUAUAGUAUCAGUUUAUCGUGGUGUCAGACUCUAUUCCUGUUGGGCCACAGCUUAGAGAGAUGUGUCUUUUCUCUCUAGUAAUUAUCAGAUAAGUGAAUCAGAUGUGUUAAAUAUGAGGUACAAAAGAAAGACUGUGGCUCUGCAGGACUAAACUCUGACACGCCUGGUUUAAACGGC